AUGGCCCCUGUUGCUGUCGCUACCACCCCCACGGCCACCCCCGUCGACGUCAUCAAGGCCGGCGUCGGCGCGCUCAACCUCGGCGUCGAGGCCGCCGACCUGAGCGUGUACGGCCAGUUCAACAACACGCCCGCUACCGGCACCGAGUUCCGCGUCGCGCCGACCAAGGGCGACACCCGCCCAGCCCUCACCAUCAAGGAGGUGCUCGCCGACGACGCCAAGCUCAAGGCGCUCGGCCGCCUCGUGUCGGAGCGCGGCGUCGUCUUCUUCCGCGAGGCCGAGAUCACGCCCGACGAGCAAAAGGUCCUCGUCGACAAGCUCGGCAAGUUUGGCGGCAAGCCCGCCGACUCGACCCUCCACAUCCACCCCCUUACCCUGCCUGGAUCGCAGCACGGCGACGAGAUCUCGGUCAUCUCCAACCAGUUUGUGUUUGACGGCAAGUUCAAGCUCGACGAGAAGACGCCCCUCAAGCGCGUGCGUGGGGCGCAGCAGUGGCACUCGGACAUCACCUUCGAGAACGUGCCGUCCGACUACGCGUCGCUCGUUAUCCGCACCCUCCCCCAGGUCGGCGGCGACACGCUCUGGGCGUCAGCCUACGAGGCGUACGACCGCCUGUCUGCCCCGACGCAGAAGUACCUCGAGGGCCUGACUGCCGUGCACAAGGGGCAGGUGUUCCUCGACCUCGCGUCCAAGCUCAAGGUCGAGGUGCGCGAGCACCGCGGCUCGCCGCAGAACAUCGGGCAGGACCUCGAGACUAUCCACCCCGUGGUGCGCACCAACCCCGUCACGGGAUGGAAGGGGCUGUUCGUCAACCGCGGCUUCACAAAGCGCAUCGUCGAGCUCUCGCCGUCCGAGUCGGACGCCAUCCUCGAGUUCCUGUUUGACCACGUCGCGGCCAACCACGACAUCCAGGUCCGCUUCCGCUGGGAGGAGAACUCGCUCGCCAUCUGGGACAACCGCUCGUCGUUCCACGCCGCCACGCAGGACGUCGACGGCGUCACGCGCGAGGGCACCCGCUCCGUGUCGAUUGGCGAGCGCCCCUACUUUGACCCCGCGAGCAAGAGCCGCCGUGCCGACCUCGGUGCGAGGGCUCUUGCGUGA